AUAGUGAUAUACAUUGCGCAAGGCCAGGGCGUUAUCAUUUUUUUUUAAUAUGGUCUUCUUCCAUUAUACACGGAAAUUUUGCCAACAUCUCUAUGCAAAGAGUAUAUUAUACAGUAGUUAGUUUAGUUCGUCAAGAGUAUUUGUUCCUUGGUUUAGUGUGACCAAUCGUAGAGUAUUAUUGUUGUGUGGUGACCAACUUCUUAUAUUAUUCCCUCCGUUAGGAGUACUAUUAUUCUAUGAUUAUUCCUCUAUGAGUGUGACGCAAAAAGUGGCAAAAAGCCAUUAAAGUUAAGAAGAAAAGGUAGAUCUUUCUCAAACGAAGAAAAUUUUAUCAUCUUUGAAAAUGUCUGCAGAAAAAAAGAAAGCGUUAUUUAUAUGUCUUGGUAAUAUUUGCCGGUCACCUAUUGCUGAAGGAGUAUUUCAGAAAACCGUUAACGAUAUGAAUAUUGGUGAUCAAUGGGAAAUAGAUAGCGCCGCUAUUGGGUCCUGGCACGUGGGACAUUCUCCCGAUUGGCGAGCAUUGGAUACCAUGAAAAAACAUGGAGUACCUUAUGACAACUGUGCUCGACAAAUUACAACAGAAGAUUUCAAUAACUAUGAUUUUAUUUUUGGAAUGGAUGAAACUAAUAUGAAAGACUUGAAUAAAAGGGCACCUAAAGGUAGCAAAGCUAAAUUAUUGCUCUUUGGUGACUUUGAUCCCCAAGGAGAUAGAAUUAUAAGAGAUCCUUAUUAUGAUUCAGAUUCUAAGGGUUUUGAGAAGUGCUAUCAGCAAUCAGUUCGAUGCUCUAAAGGCUUUCUGGAACAUUUACAGAAGUCAUAAAUUUACAUGUUUAUUUUAGUGGUCUAUUAAACCAUCAUUCUAUUAAUGUGUAGAGAUGUAAAUAUAAAAAAGACAUUCUAAAGUCCAUUCCAAAAGUCUGAAAUGGAAAAUGGGCAUUUUACUAAAUUAAGUGAUAAUGAGGCCUGUAGGAUUCAGAAAUUAUACUCGUUCUAGGAAAUGUUCAACGCAGUUAUAUGUAGUGUUUUAUUCAUAAUGAAAAUGGUAAAAUAUAUUUUUUCUGUAUUUAUAUCAUUCUUAUUUUUUUAUAGGUACCAUUCCGAAAAGAUAAAACAAAUUUAUGGUUGAGCAAUGUUUUCUUAGUUUUUAAUUUACACCAGUUAACCGGAGUUAUUUAGAGCUCAAAAGUGAUAUCUUUAUAUUGAAUAAAAAAAAGUUACCCAAAGAUUGCCAUAUAGUUGUGUCAUGACUGUUAAGAAGUAAAGACUUCUUGGUACUUUUUCGAUCUCUUUAGUGUUUUGUGCCUACUUGACGUGUCUGUCACUCCUGUUUGUUAAAUCAUCUGUAAAAAAUUCAAUGUCUAAUUUUCACGGUUUAUGUGACACAGUCUGGCGACAGACAGACAUGACUGACAAGUCUUGGUAUAUAAUAGGGUUGUUGUUUUACCCUUUGGGUACAGAACCCUAUAAAUUAAAGAUGCUGUCAAGUCACUAUUCCACGCGGGCGAAGUCUUGGGCACAGCUAGUUAUUUUUGUUUUAUUAGUUGCAUUUUUAAUAAAUGGUUUUGUUUGUUUUAGUUUAAUAAACCGUAUUGAGUAUAAUUAAACUUAAAAAAGCUAUUUCCAAAAGUGAAAUGGUCGAAUAUUAUCGUGCCUUUAGGAACCAUGUGGUUGAAGGUUGGGGUCCCUAUUGUGGUGAUGGAGACAACUGGCCAGGGAGACUAAAGGAUAAUUGUCUCCCUCCGAGCUAGGUGUUGUUAGCCCGGGGACCGCGGUCCAACCGAUGUAGGUUGGACGUUCUAUUUAUGUUAAUUGGUAAUUAAACUUAUUCUGUGUGAUGUAGGUUUCUUUGUUCUAAGUGUCUUGUAGUUAUUAAUUUAUGCUGCUUGUAUUGGUACAGCGCCAUCUCGUUACUUGCUGUUGAAACUUAUUGCAGUUCGUCUUGCUAUCGAUGGCUGUGACGAUGCUAGUCUUCUCGCUAUCGAUUGUUGUGGCGAUGUUACUGCGAUGAAUUAGAUGUCGCUAUGUAUCAGUCGCCACAGUACUUUCCCCCUAGACCGAAGGUCGAUCCAUGUUGAUAGUAGGUGGUAUGCAGUCAGUGCUUCAGAGCUUGCAAGUGCCAUGGUUGUGACGUCGGGACCGAAACUGCUGGUGUGCAGGGCUGCCACGCCGGUGAGUUGUGUGUGAACUGAGGUCCGGUCGUGGGCUGCGAGGACCAGGUCGGGAUAAUGCCGUCGAGUGGUACCAAGAAUCCAGGAAGCGCCGUUGAUGCUGCUGUGAUGGACCUUGGUGUUGGCUGACUUGCUGCUGAAGUGGCUGUGCUGAUGAGGGAUGAGAGACUGAUGAUGAAGGGUGAUGGCUGCGUUGUGAUGCUGAAGGUUGCUGAUGCUGAAGGUUGCUGAUUGAUGCUGAAGGUUGCUGAUGCUGAAGGUUGCUGAUGUUAAAGGUUGCUGAUGCUGAAGGUUGCUGAUGUUCUGCUGGUGGGGUCACCACUUUAGGAACCAUGUGGUUGAAGGUUGGGGUCCCUAUUGUGGUGAUGGAGACAACUGGCCAGGGAGACUAAAGGAUAAUUGUCUCCCUCCGAGCUAGGUACAGCGCCAUCUCGUUACUUGCUGUUGAAACUUAUUGCAGUUCGUCUUGCUAUCGAUGGCUGUGACGAUGCUAGUCUUCUCGCUAUCGAUUGUUGUGGCGAUGUUACUGCGAUGAAUUAGAUGUCGCUAUGUAUCAGUCGCCACAUGCCCAAUAAAAAACACUAUGCGGACAAGCAUAAUCUUGAGACUGUCGGGUAUCCUUGCAUUUAUCAGCCGCAUGCAGUACCAUUUGUUUGUUCAUACAGGUAAACACAAAUAUUAAACCAGCCUUGAAGUAUUUAAAAGUGGAAUUAUUCCACUUUACUCACAAUGCACUUUUGUAUUAAGAAAGAAAAAUGCAAAAUAAGUUUCAAGUUUUAUUAAAAAAAACUAAUUUUAAGCUUAUCUUUGUAAUAUAUCUCUUCCAGAUGACCAUAUUCAUUUAACGUUAAAGUUCUCAGUUUACAAUUACGACGUGGAUAUUUCGAUCUGGUAAUAUCUAAACCAUAAUCGACAAGUUCUUGAAGUGGUGUCUUUGAAUAUGUUUUGAAUUUCUUAAAAACUCGUAUUGUUGUCCAAUAUAAAAAUUUAUGAGUAAAUCCAUCUGGAAAUUUCGAAACUACUUCUUUCCAUCGAAUAUCUGGCCAAACUUUAAAUGAAGAACUUCGUAAUCUGUAAUCAUAAUAAACUAAUUAAUUACCAGAUAAUUGAAAGCCUCGUUAUAAAUAAAAAAAUGUCUUUAUUCGUACAUAGAUUCAUAAGUAUUUUUUGAUACAAAAUCUGAAAUUCAUUUCUUACGCCUCCUUCGGCGCGUCAGAUUUUAUUUAUUUAUUAAGAUACAAAACAGGAUAUAAUUAAUACAAAACAUAAUUUGUUAUUCAUCUUGCAAAAUCCAAUUAUACCCAAUAAUAUGUAUCUCUAGCAUGAUUAAAGUGGAGCAGCAUUUAAACAAAUAAUAUUAAUUUUACGUUGAAUCUUACAAAAUAAAAAAACAGCGUUAAUGCUGAUUAUGAUGACAUAAUCGUUGAAUUAAAUAGUGACAUUACUUUCUUUUUGAAUGAAUAUUCAUUACCGUCGAAUAUAUCUAUGUCAUGAUUAGUUUGACUUAUCUCAUUGUAAAGGCGGCACAGACGGACGAUUUGAUUAUAAAAGGAUAUAUUGUUGCGGAAAACUUGCAAUGAAAAUGUUUUCGGAUUACGCGUCCUGUAGGAAAAGUUGAAAUUUAUGGAGGAUAGUAAGGAUGGUGACUCAAUGUAUGAAUGCAAAUGGAACAAAUCACUGCUUUCGUCUAUCAGGGUCGCAACAUUAACCCUAGACAAUCUCUCGUUGUGAGAUCUUAAUUUACGAGAUAGACCUUGUCGAUAGGAUAUGCACCGAAGGAACUUCUUUUGUACACCCUCCAUUAGUUUAGAAUGAGUGUCAUAAAAGGGUGACCAAAUGACUGACCCAUAUUCAAGGUUAAUUCUAACUAAAGAAGUGAAUAGAUAAAUGAUGCUGCGGGGAUUUCUAAAUUCUUUAGUGACUCUCAAGACGAAACCUAAAAGGCGAGUUGCUUUGUUGUAGAUAUUAUUAUAAUGUGCUUUGAAGGACAUUUCUGGGUCAAAGAUUAUGCCUAAACCUUUUGCUUGUUCGACACGACUUAGCGGAAGACCAUGAAUGUUGUAAAUGAAGCUUGUGACAUUGACCUUUUUAGUAAACGUCAAUACAAAACGCUUGUUGAUAUUCAAGGACAUUUUAUUGUUUCUGCACCAUAAGGCGAUAGUCUCCAAAUCAAGUUGGAGAUUUUGAGCAUCGGUUGUAUUUUUUAUGGUGGAGAAUACCUUCAAAUCAUCUGCGUAUAAUAAAAAGGGACAAUUCAGGUUAUUUAUAAGGUCAUUGAUGAAUAUAAUAAAUAAAAGAGGGCCAAGGAUUUGAAGGCCAAGAUUAUAAAAACUUACACUUUAAAAACACAUCUUCUUAACUUUCUUAAUGUAAAGUGACAUUUAAUAAAUAGUUGACAGUGAAGAGUAGUAUUCCAAAAAUGUUGUAGAUAUUCCUGCUGCUUCUCAAAAUCUUGUUCAAGUUUUAACCAAACACUUUUAUCUAUUUUUUUAUUCUUCAGUCCCUCUAGAGGUUCAUCAGUAUAUUCCAUCAAUAAAUUUACAAAUUUAGUGGCUCUAUCUAAAUUCCAUUUUAACCUCCUUUUUGACGGCUUACCUUUAAACAAUUGAGAAAUUUCAUGAUGUACAUAUUAUUUCAUUUAACACAAUGUAAUAAAAAUAUAGGUUUAACACAAUAUACAAAAAUUAAAUCCGUGCAUAAAUGACCAAGUUAUAGAUCAGCCGUAUGUCAAAAAUCGUGAAAAGUAAUUUUUGUAGGCUUUGUUAUGAUGUUUAUAUUUUUAUAUAGGUUUUGUAUUUUGGUUUAAGUUAUAUGUGUUUCGAAAGCUCUUUAACUAAAGAUUCAUUGUAUAUGUUUGGUACAAUUGAUUUCUAUGUAUUUGCUUCUUCAUUGUACAUU